AUGGAAUUCAACACAGACCUCAACUUUGACUUACACGAUUUCAAAAAUGAUCCUCUUCUUUUAACAGAGGAAGGCAUCGACAGGUAUUGUCCUGGUGGGUUUCACCCAGUCAGUAUCGGGGAUAAAUUCCACGAUGGCUGGUACACAGUGCAGCAUAAGUUGGGCUUUGGUGAAUCUGCGACAGUAUGGCUUGCAACAGAUAACAAGUAUGGUGCUCCUUCUCCUCAGAAAUACUACACAGCAACUAACAUCCUCAUUCCAAGCAAUCUGGGGCUUAUGGCUCGAUGGGUCGCUUUGAAGAUAUUAGCCGCGCACUUCAAGGAGCCGAAGGAAAUUCGAAACCUUCAAUAUUUGAGUUAUAAAUUGGAAAAUGAUCCGAGGAGAUACGGGAUUAUUCAUUUACUCAACAACUUUCUCAUCGAAGGUCCGAAUGGGACACAUCAUUGCUUAGUGCUUGGAGGUAUUGGUCCCUUCUUCGAAUUUAGUGAACACUCUUAUAUCAACUUCAAUGGCUGCGGCCAUUUUCUCGAAAUUGGAAAUACUGGGUUCGGUAACCCCGAUUAUCUCAGAAUGGAAGAUUAUUCCAUGAAAGCAAUGGGAGACCCGACGACAGCCACAGAUAUAGCUCAAACAGAAGCUCCAGACCCAGCAGAUAUUAUAGCAUCAGCUAAAGAUGGCUCAGAGGCGGAAAAAUCCCCAACAAAAGACAGCACAUCAAGCAAAGUACCACGACUGAAGGAUAUGGCAGUCAAUGAUGACAGGCUGUCUCACUUUCUAAAGCUACUUGACGGGCUGCUUCAAUUUCGACCAUCCGAUCGCUUGACACUCCAUACAGUGCCAGCGGAGUUAAGGCCGAUGCUAUCUAGGUGGUUAUUUGACUUUCCCCUCGUCCUUGAUGCAGCAGAGAGCGAACAAGAGCUCGACGAGCAAACACAUCGUGCGAUACAUGAGAUUCAGGAGCUAUCGGCACAAGACGAGAUAAUAAAUUCACCCGACCGACAUAACGAUCAACCACAAGAUCUAUCGGACCUAUCUCAGAGUCCUCCCCAGGCACAACCAGAGACCCCGCCAGGGAGAUCCGAGCCGCUUGUCAGUCAUGAACCGCAGCAGCCACAGGUGUCGGAAGUUUCUCAAAGUACCGAGAAAUCCCAGUCAGAGGCGCAAACAGGGGCAUUGAGCCUGUAUCAUCGUAACGAGUAUCAGCUAGCAUCGGUUAUAAUCCCAACGAAUCUUGAACAAGAUCGGCCGGAUGUAUUGGACGGGGCACCAGAUGUACCCGAGAAUCAGAGAGAACAGCAGCCUGAACUGUCAUAUAUUCCCGAGAGUUCCAAGCAGUCAGAGAUAAAGGCGACCGAGGAUGCAGCGACAUCCUCGGAAAGCAGUCAGCAAAAAGAGCCUAGGAGUCUGAAAAGAUUCCGUUCACGUCUAGGAGGGUUGUUGAAUCAUGGAUGGAGGCCAUGGAAGAGGCGCCGGAGCUCUUAG